UCUUGAGUAAAAAUGGCGGAUGGGUGUUAUGGGUGUUUAUAGGUUUGUUAACGACUAAGAAAUAAAUGCGUCAUUUUAAACAAUGAAACACUAGAAGCGGAUGAGUCGUCUACCCUUGGUAUAACAAGUUUAUAGCUAUAAGGCAAAGUUUGAACCGUUUAACACCUAAACAGCAGUGCAGGAGUUCUCCCGGUGUCGAACAGAGAUAAGGACCACCACAGCAUCACACAAGGCUUUCUCUUCAAAGACGUUUGUAAGCUGCAAGUCUGCCAUCUUCAAAGAUGUCUGACUAUCUGACCAGGGGGUUCAGGGCCCAGCUGACCACAACUAUGGAUGCCGUUUUGAGGAAAGCUGUGUUUGAAGUAAUGACGAUUUUUGAAAACACCCUAUAUGACCAUCAGAUGGAGAUGGCGCAGAAAGGGGAAGAGAUUGCUCAACUUAAAAUAAAGUUACAGACAGCAGAGCUCAGGCUGAAGGACCUCGAGAUUGGAGGAAACAAAGGAGCAGAGACAAAUAAAACUCGGACAAAUCCAACACAAAGACAACCUGAUGCUCUUAGAGAUGCCCCAGCACAAACAUCCAAUGUUCCUGAGAUUGAUUUUGAAGUACCUGAUGACUGGUGUGCUCCCCUGGGCAGCGAGACUUUGACCAAGCGAGGCCACAACAUUUGUCCCAUAGUAAGACUGCGACGCCUGUCCAUUCCUGUGUCGCACGUUCCAAUCCACAAGCAUGAGGUGGCUGACUAUGACAUGAACUUUUGCCAGAAGAAGAACAACAACUAUGGCAGGAAAUCCAAGAGAAUUUCCACCUUAAAGGAGAGGAAUAAACACACCGAGGACAGAAAAUUACGAACGCGUGGCCAAGGAGCUCGACGUGCGCCAAUGAGAAAUGACAUGAAAAUAUUGCUCCUAGACAUCAAUCAGGACUCUUCUGCUCUGACAAGUUUUCAAGGCCUUAAAAGAGGAAUGAGAAGUCUAACAGGAGAAGAACAAGAAAAUACAGCCAACAGCAAAAGAGAGCAAAAAAGAAGUGCAGCAACUGAAUCUAAAUCCACAGAAGAAAAGACUGUGAAAAAUGAUGAAAAAAUGACAUACUCCUGCAAGAUAUGCAAGAAGAUAUUUGACACAAAAUUUGGCCGAAAUAUACAUGCAAACUCACACAGGAGAUGCCAAGGCUGCAAAAAACCAUUCCGAUUACUCAGUGCUCUCAGAUGUCACAAAACAUCUUGUAAAAAGCUCAAACAAUUGCUGGAAAAAGAAGCCGCCAGAGCUCCGAAAACCUCCUGUGAUGAAGAAGAAACACCUGGACCAAGCAAAAAACAGACCAUCACUGAGAACAAGGGCACACCUUCCUCUAGCAACCAUGAUGAGUUACCCACUCAGGGACAUGAAGCCACCAAUAGGUAUUCCUGUACGUACUGCAACAAGAAGUUUAAUUUCCGCUCCAGGUGUCUGCAACACAUGCGUGUUCAUACUGGUGAAAAGCCAUUUUCUUGCAGUGUGUGCUCAAUGGAAUUCCGCCUCAAGCAGUCUCUAAAACAGCACAUGGAGAGACGUCACAAAGGCCACAUGAAUUCCAUUGACAGAAAUGGCGAACCAGGGCCCGUAGAAGGGAAUGAAACUAAUAGAGAGGAUCUGAUUGCUUCUAGCAAAGGCAAAAGUCAAGGAAUCAACAACAACAAUGAAGUUUGCAGACAAGGCAGUACAGACAAAAACUCAAGAUGGCAAACAAUGGGUGAACGUCACCAAGAUGGUUUCAUCUGCCUAGUGUGUCGGGAGUUUUUUAAAAGCAAAAACAUAUUGAUUGAACACUAUCGUAUCCAUACAGGGGAAAAGCCCAUCAAAUGCGAGAAGUGUCCAGCAAAGUUUCCUGCUAAGUCACAGCUGUACAUUCACAAAAAAACGUGCAGUUUUCCUGUGACACCACUCAAGGAUGAGAAGUGUGAGAGGAGUAUCGACACAGAAGCAACAGUUCAUACGCAUUCAUCUGGAUGUCAGAAGGAGUAGCGUAUCCUCAAACACUGCACUGAAGGAUGCCUCAGGAACCCUAUGGAGCUGCUACAAAUGAUACAAGUAUAUAGUUAACAUUACCUGUCUGUGGACACUGAAACCCUGGAAGCUGUCAGGUGCUGGAUUUAAGUUGUUGCAGAGAGAUGAAAGCUCAAGUUACACUGUUCUGUUGCUUUUUUCAUACUUUGAUGCUCAAUCAUUAGGUUACUGAAUACACAGCCCACUUCUUUCUUUCAAUACUAGAAAGUAGUAAAGAAAAACAAAUCUGGUGACCAUAAUGCUCACUUCAAAUGGCAAGUCAGAAAGAUGUCAUUCUGAUGCGAAAUUACAUCUUAGAGUAAGAUUUAAAGUAAGAACACAGAGAUAAAACAGUGUCACUGUUGAUGUUCAGAGGGGUCCAGUCCACCUCCGAGUACUCUUGUUCUAAUGUUUUUAAGUGUUUUACAUUAAAAGUAAACGUAAAGCCAGUGUUGUGAUAUAUUGUGCAAUGAAAGGGAAUUCAGUUAAACUAUCUUCUCAAGAGUUGAGAAAAAUAUGUGAUUUUAACUAAUAUAGUGCAUGCCUGACAAAUUGGGAAACAAUUGACACAAAAGUUAUGUAAAUCCAACAUUGCCUUAAAGGAGACAUGCUCUUUACCUAUAAUAAUGACCACAUUGGUCUAUGUUGUACAUGCUGAAAGAGAAGCUACCUCAGUAGAGGCUGCACAACCACAUUUCUGCUUGUUAAAAGUCAGUUGUUUUGCCGUGUACAGUGUAUUGAUGAAUGAGGUGACAUUGGUUUAUCGAAAGUAGCGUUCAAUCAUCUAAACCUGUACAGCUUCUGGAAUAAUUAUUAGACCACUGUGACUACUGUUUUCUGCUUCUUCCCUUGUGGUUCUUGGUGGAACCAUGUUCUGUUUUCUAGUUCAGGUUGUAAUGGACAGCUGUUUUGCUGAUUCCAAGCCGGAUAGCAAUGGCUCCCUCAUUGUAUUUCUCUUUGUUAAGCACAAAAAUAACUCUCCUCUCGUCAUCUGACAAUUCUCUUUUUCAGACAGUUUUGAAUGAUAAUUUAGAUUAUUUGCUGAAUUUACACAUACAGCUUAUGCACAAAAUAGUGGUGACUCAGAAAAUGUUAGUUUACAAUAUAUUGUGUUUUGUUCUGUGUAUUGACAUUUUUCAUGUUGUGUAGACUUUGUAAAGAAAACAGCAAGUGGUCUAAUAAUUAUAAGUAAAUCUGUAUAUGUGUCUACUUUUUGGGCUUAAUCAAAACUGGUGCUUUUCCCUUCAUCCCAAAUUGUGCUUGGUUGUGGAAUCAGAAUUUUGGAUCUGGUUUUGUGAGGAUCGCUGUUGGACAUAAUGUAAUUUGGAUAUUUUGUGUAUAAAUUUCUGCUGUUUGUCGAUGGAUAUCUGAAAACCAUACACUGUUGAAGAUUUCUUAUGUGUGAAGUUCUGUUACUUUCUUUUAUGCCUCAUCAUAUGUCACUGUUUCAAAACAAAAAACACUGUUUCCAAACCAAAUUUAUUUCUUUUGAAAAAAUUC